AUGGCCUCAGUGACACCUGUAGAGGAAAUUCAAGAUGAAAUCAAAUGUCCCAUCUGCCUGAAAUAUCUGACAGACCCAGUGUCCAUACACUGUGGGCAUAACUUCUGCCGAGUCUGCAUCACUCAGUACUAUGAGACAUGGGUAGAGGGGGACUAUGACCCUGUGUGCUGCCCCAACUGCAGAGCCCUCAUCCAGAAAGGGACUCUCCGGCCCAACUGGCAGCUAGCAAAUAUAGUCAACAAAAUUAAACACAUGGAUUUAAAACCAGGAAAAGAGAAAUUGUGUAAGAGACACAAUAAAACCCUGGAUCUGUUCUGUGAAGAGGACGGGGAAGCCUUGUGUGUGGUUUGUGAGAGAUCCCCAGAGCAUGGUGCUCACACAGUGAUUCUCAUGGAGGAGGCUGCUCAGAAAUACAAGGAAAAGAUCCAGGCCCAUUUGGAGACUCUGAGGGAAGAGAGAGAAAAGCUGCUGGGAUUUAAUGCAACUGGAGAGAGAAAAAGUCAGACAUAUCUGAUUCAGACACAAACCGAGAGGCAGAAGAUUGUAUCUGAAUUUCAGCAACUGCAACAGUUCCUGCAGGAACAAGAGCGACUCCUGCUGGCCAGACUAGAAAACCUGGAAAAGGAGAUUUUGAAGAUACAGAAUGACAAUGUCACUAAACUCUCUGAGGAGAUUUCCUGUCUCAGUGACCAGAUCAGUGAGCUGGAGGGGAAGUGUCAGAAGCCAGCAAGUGAAUUCCUGCAGGAUUUCAGAAGCACCUUGACCAGGUGUGAGAAGGGGCGGUUCCAGCAGACAGUGGAGAUUUCUCCUGAGCUGGCAAAGAGACUCAGUGAUUUCUCCCAGAAAAAUAUUGCUGUAACAGAGACUCUGAGAAAGUUCAAAGACACUCUGUGCUGCAAACUGGAGACAGAAAGAGUGAAAUUACUACAAUCCUUCAGACCAGUAAAUGUGACUCUAGAUCCAGACACGGCUCAUCCUGUCCUAGUCCUGUCUGAUGAUCAGAAAACUGUGAGAUGGGGAGACACACGGCAAGAUCUACCAGACAAUCCUGAGAGAUUUGACACUGAGCUCUGUGUGCUAGGCUGUGAGGGGUUCACCUCGGGGAAACAUUCCUGGGAGGUGGAGGCGGCAGAUGAGGGACACUGGGCUGUGGGGAUUGCCAGAGAAUCUGUAAGGAGAAAGGGACGAAUCAGCCGUAACCCUCAGGGGGGGAUCUGGGCUGUGGGGCAGGGGGGGGAUCAGUUCAAAGCUCUCACCUCUAUGGAGACCCCACUGCCCCUGAGCUGGGUCCCCAAAAGGAUCCAGGUUUUUCUAGACUAUGAGAAGGGGCAGGUGAUAUUUUUUGAUGUUGAUAAGGAGGCCCCGAUCUUCACUUUCCCCCCAGCCUCCUUCAAUGGGGAGAGAAUCUACCCCUGGCUCUGGGUGUGGGGAUCCCAGUUCAGAAUAAGAAUAUUUCAGUUACAGGGGGAAUAGCCAUUGGGGACCCUGAAAUCAUCUUCUCUAGCCUCACACACUCUAGUUACCAUGACCCUGGAGGAGUUCUCUCUUCCUCAAGACUUUCUGCAAUGCAGUCUCAAGGACCCUGGAUGCUCCAUGGGCUCUCAGGUAUGGACUGUCAAACCACAGGGAUCAGGGAGAAGCCAAUCUCAUCACCCCAGAGAUUGCCCAAUCUGAUUCUCAUUCUUCUCUAUGGUCCAGG